AUGGACAACAUCGGCCGUUUACUUUCCAAUGUGCUCAACACAACCUCGCAGUUACUGCGGAACCAUGCAAAUGACCAUCUUAACCAGCAUCGAGCCCGUCACUCCAGAAGGGAUCUGGCGGAUGGUAAUAUGAGUCUCCAAGCUGCCCGGAACUUUUUCCUCAACAGCACCAAACCUACUGUCACUAUUUCCAACCUCGUGGUCGCCGGUGGCAACCCCCCUACUGUCUCUCCAUUCUACACCGGCUUGAACGGAGUCAACCUGGAGAUGGAUGCUCAGCUGGUCAGGAUGCUGUGGCUUUCAAUCAUCGUGGCACUCACAAUUGUGUUUGCUUUGCGACUGUCACAGUUGUUUGUGUCUUACAUCCGCAACAUCUACUGCAUGACUACAGAAAAACCCUCUCAACAGAACUAUUACGGUGUCGAUCAUUUCAGAAUUUGGACCUGGCUAAAGAAGCAUAUCAUCUAUGCUCCACUCUGGAAGAAAAGACACAAUCGCGAGUUCCAGCUGUCCGGUGCGGUCAACUAUGGCACCUUGCCCAGCCGUAUACACUCACUGCUCCUCGUCAUCUAUGCCAUCACCAAUUUGAUUUACUGUCUUCUACUCGACUGGCGUAAUCCGCAGAGAGGAGCUCUGUAUGCGGAGCUACGCGGACGAAGCGGCAUCCUGGCCACUGUCAACCUCAUCCCUCUUAUUGUGCUCGCUGGCAGGAACAACAUCGCAAUCCCGCUCCUGAGGGUCAGCUUCGACACAUUCAACCUCUUCCACCGCUGGAUCGGCAGACUGGUGGCCGCCUUGUCGACGAUCCAUUUCUGCGCGUGGCUGGCUGCGUACAAGUUGGCGAAGGGAGACAAAGCAACAAUCGGAAUCUUCCAUGGCGCUCCUUUCCUCGACUACGGCCUGCUAGGAUUGAUUGCAAUAGUCUUGCUGCCGUUGCAUUCGUUGUCACCCAUUCGACAUGCUUUUUACGAAACAUUCCUUCACCUUCACCAAAGCCUGGCUUUCAUGGCCCUGCUCGGGGUAUAUGUCCAUCUGGACAUCAUGCAUCUACCUGCCUAUCCUUCGAUCUUGGCGGCUAUCCUGCUUUUAUUCGCAGAGAGGGUUUGGCGCAUAUGCCGCAUCGCAUACCUCAACUACUCUCGGUCAGGUGGCACUACAACAGCGCACGUUGAGGCGUUGCCGGGCGGUGCAUGCCGCGUCACAUUUCAAUUACCGCGGCACAUCACAAUCCGGCCCGGCAGCCACGUGUACGCAUAUCUCCCCUCAAUCUCGCUUUGGAUGUCGCAUCCGUUUUCCGUCGCCUGGACGAAUGUCGAGUCGGAGGCCCCUGUCUGUGGCGGUCACAGUGUUGAACUGCAGAGACCAUCAACCCCGAACUCGCUGGAACGACAGUCAUCUGUCUUCAACUCACCAUCAAAGGCACCCACGACCGUCUCGCUGAUCAUGGUCGCACGAACCGGCAUGACGAGAAAACUCUACGAAAGGGCCCGCGCUGCCGUUCUUGAUGGCUGCCAGCUCUCACUCCGCGGAUUUCUCGAAGGCCCCUACGCCGGACACGACUCACUGGUCAGUUACGGCACGGUCGUCAUGUUUGCGGGAGGAGGCGGCAUCACCCACCACCUCAUCCAGAUCCGCCACCUCCUGGCAGGCGCAAGGUCCCAAACCGUGGCAACCCGCAAGAUCGUGUUGGUGUGGUCGAUCCGCGACACCGAGUGCAUGGAGUGGGUGAAACCGUGGAUGAACGAGAUCUUGCACAUGGAAGGGCGCCGAGAAGUUCUUUGCAUCAGAGUGCAUGUUACCAAACCGACGACGACGGGGAGAGCGAUCAACACCAACAAGAGCAAGAGCAAGCCUACCAUGCAGGUCGUCCAGGGUCGGGUUGACCCCGGAGCUGUCCUGGAUGAGGUUAUCCCCGUGAGAGUCGGGGCUGUGAUGGUCAGUGUGUGUGGACCGGGGGCGUUGGCGGACGAGGUAAGAGCCGCGGUGAGGAGUAGGAUUCAUCGGGGCAAUUUGGAGUUGAAUGAGGAGAGUUUUACGUGGUAA